AUGCUUGCCUACCUACUUACCCUCUCUCGAAGUGGACACCAAAAACAGGCAGACAGAGACAGAGACAGCGACAAGAAACUGACAAGGCCAGCCGGCCGACCGACCGACCGACCGACCGACCCAGGAUUGAGCACCGAAUGGAUUCGUUUACAUGGAUCUGGAUAUGUACCCUCCGACCGAGUAUCCAUAGUGAGCACGAAAACUGCGAUACUACUUACCGGUCCGAGAUUCCGGUGCAGGCAGUACACACACACCUCGACCCAACAUACACACACACAGUCCACAUGUAGCUCUGCAACUAUGCAUCAUUCGAAUCUGGCUGCAAUGGCAGACAGACAGACAGACAGAAUCAUCGGUGAUACUACCACUCCUACUAUGUACAUUAUCACUCAAACCAAGUAUGUCCUAUGUACCAUGUACUAUAUAUAUCUCCUCGGAGAAAGCACCCCCUUUACCCAUAACUACUUACGGUGCAUACUCAACCCCCAGAUAAGAAAACCAGCAGACAAGACAGCCAAGCAUCGCAAGCAUCAAAACCAGCAACAGCAACAACAACAACAACGCCUAAGAAAGGGAUGGAUAGGGGAUAUGUAG